AUGUCUUCCGAGUUCCUUGCUACUAAAUCCGUCGCGCUGCUGCAGCAGCAAAAGGGACUAAAAAAUAACCUAAGGGAGCUGAUGCAGGAUGAUGAGCGUAAUGCUCGCAUGUAUAGAGAAUAUGGUGGUGUCUGCAUGGACUUUAGCAGACAACUUCUUGAUAAGGAGGGUUUAGAUGCAUUGGUUGAGUUGGCAAAGGAACGGAAUGUUGAGGAGAAGAUAAAGGCAAUGUUUAGGGGGGAGAAGAUAAACACUACAGAAGGAAGAAGUGUUUUGCAUGUUGCAUUAAGAAUGCCUAAAGGACAAACCCUAAUUGUUGAUGGCAAAAAUGUUGUUGAGGAGGUGCAUGCAGUCCUUGAUAAAAUCAAGACUUUCUCCGAAAAAAUCAGAAAUGGUACAUUAAAGGGUGCAACAGGAGAAACCCUAACAAAUUUAAUUUGUAUAGGUAUAGGAGGAAGUUAUUUAGGUAGUGAAUUUGUUGUAGAAAGUCUUAACACAGAAAAAUACGCAAAAACAAAAGCAGAAGGAAGAACUAUUCGUUUCUUAGCUAAUGUAGACCCUAUUGACGUGGCUCGUUGUACUGAGGGUCUAAACCCUAGCAAAACCCUAAUUGUUAUUAUAAGCAAAACAUUCACAACAGCAGAAACAAUGCUCAAUGCUAAAACCCUCAAAGAAUGGCUCAAACAAGGAUUACCUAAUGACCCUAAUGCAACUAGUCACCACAUGUGCGCUGUGAGCACCAACUUAGAAUUGACGGCAAAAUUCGGAAUUCCUGAGGAUCGCGUCUUCGGAUUCUGGGACUGGGUGGGCGGCCGCUUCUCUGUUACAUCGGCAGUCGGUGUUCUUCCUUUGGCUAUUCACUACGGCUAUGAUGUAGUAGAGAGCCUCUUGAAGGGUUGCCACGAGAUGGAUAAUCAUUAUUUGAAUUCACCAAUUGAAUUAAAUUUGCCAAUGUUGAUGGGAUUAAUUUCUGUAUUUAAUUCCUCUAUCUUGGGGCUUGAAUGUGUUGCUGUUCUUCCUUAUUGCCAGGCAAUGCAUCGUUUUGCUGCUCACAUCCAACAAUUGACGAUGGAGAGCAACGGUAAGGGAGUAGAUAUGAAGGGAGAACGUCUUGCUGGUGCAGCGGGAGAAAUUUACUUUGGGGAGCCAGGGACCAAUGGUCAACAUAGCUUUUAUCAAUUAGUUCAUCAAGGAAGAAUUAUCCCCGCAGAGUUUAUUGGCUUCCAGAAGAGCCAAAACCCUAUCAACUUGAAGGGAGAAGAAGUAUCUAAUCAUGAUGAAUUAAUGUCUAAUUUCUUUGCACAACCUGACGCAUUAGCGUUUGGUAAAACAGAAGAAGAAUUAACAAAAGAAAAUGUUCCUCAACAUCUUAUUCCUCAUAAAACAUUCACAGGAAAUAGACCCUCUACAAUGUUAUUAUUACCUGAAUGUACAGCAUACUAUUUGGGUAUGUUGUUGUCUCUUUAUGAGAAUCGUGUUGCUACUGAAGGAUUUAUUUGGGGAAUUAAUUCCUUUGAUCAAUGGGGUGUAGAGUUGGGUAAAGUCUUGGCAAAGGAUAUCCGCAAGAUAUUAGCAACAGCAAGAAAGGGAGCAGAGCAGCUACAAACACGAUGCUCGUGUUGUGGUUUAGGCGUCUUAUCCAUCGACUCUUCCGGAAUUUAUUUUCGCAUUCUCGAAAAUUUAGGUAAAUAUUUAGAUAUAGAUAAGGAGGAGGGCCCGACACAUCGCACUUAUGCCGUCCUACUCAGCGCCUAUUAA